AUUACUAACUGCCGAUAAACACAGCCAACUUCCAUUAAUGACUAGGAUCAAAGCGGGAAACCUUUGAUAUACGGUGCUGAUAAUAUCUAGCCAAAUAGAUGCCCCGUCACCAAUCUCAUCCUCCAGCACAUCAGGGACCCCCCCUCACGUCGCAACCUUUAGGAGCCAUGUGCGCAGACAAUACUACGCGCAGCAGCUCCUGAUAACGCGCCCCCUCCACUAUCUCAGUAGGCGACGCGCGGCGUCGUUCGUCUUAUCAUCAACGUCAGAUGCGGUUGACGUUGGUCCGUCAGCGCCUACUUGAUUCACGACAGCGUCGCAGCUGUCUGUGAUAGCGACAGUUUCGUCGGGUUUGUUCAUCGCGCCGCUGGAACGUUUUAGUGGCGUUGUUUUCGGUUGUUGUGGUGGUAGAAGUAGUGGAAAGUACGUCGGAAAGAUGGCGGUGUUGUGGCGGAAAAACUAGACAAUCGAAUCAAUCUUCCCGGUCGACCUGAGCUUCCUGACGCAGAUGCUGGUCCUGUUAUGCCAUUUAAACAGGAGCAAGAAGAGCCCGAAUCUCCUGCAAGACAGGAGGACGAGGAAGACUUAGUCCUGGCACCGCCACAAGAAUUGCCCGGUGAACUGGGGAAACCGGUGGUGCUGCCCAGCAAUUUAACAGAGGCUGUGAAGAAAAUGGUUGACGAUGGAUGGCAGAAAAACGCCUUUAAUCAGUACGUCAGUGAUAUGAUCAGUGUCCAUAGGACUUUGCCAGAUCCUCGAGAUGAAUGGUGCAAAGAACCAGGAAGGUAUCAGUCCAAUUUGCCAAAAACAUCAGUCAUAAUAUGUUUCCACAACGAAGCGUGGUCAGUGCUGCUUAGAACGGUUCAUUCAGUAUUUGACAGAUCACCUACUCACCUGAUCCACGAAGUCAUUUUGGUGGAUGACUUCUCCGAUAUGGACCAUCUGAAGGAACAGUUGGAGGAAUACUGGGAGAAAGAACCCAGAGUGAAGAUUAUAAGAGCCCCGAAGAGAUUAGGACUUAUUCGUGCGAGGUUGUUAGGUUUUGACUACGCUACAGGACCGGUCCUAACCUACCUCGAUUCUCACUGCGAAUGCACCACAGGCUGGCUAGAGCCACUGCUGGACCGCAUAGCUCGCAAUUCUACCACUGUGGUAUGUCCGGUCAUCGACGUGAUCGAUGACACUAGCUUGGCCUACCUGUACCACGACAGUACUGGAGUGAACGUAGGUGGUUUCGACUGGAACUUGCAAUUUAACUGGCACGCCAUACCCGAUCACGAGAAAAAGAGGCACAAGAACAGCGCUGAACCGGUUUGGAGUCCGACUAUGGCAGGAGGGUUGUUCAGUAUAGACAGGGAAUUCUUCAAAAGAUUAGGCACCUACGACGAAGGAUUUGAUAUUUGGGGUGGUGAGAAUUUAGAGCUGUCGUUCAAGACGUGGAUGUGCGGUGGUACCUUGGAAAUCGUACCGUGCUCGCACGUGGGCCACAUUUUCAGGAAACGAUCGCCAUACAAAUGGAGGCAGGGAGUUAAUGUUCUGAGAAGAAAUUCUGUAAGAUUAGCUGAAGUAUGGUUGGAUGAAUUUUCACAGUAUUACUACCAAAGAAUAGGCAACGACAAAGGAGACAUUGGUGACAUAAGUGGUAGAAAGACCCUGAGGAAAGACCUGGAAUGCAAGAGUUUCAAAUGGUAUCUGGAUACCAUUUAUCCUGAACUCUUUAUUCCUGGAGAGGCUGUAGCUAAUGGAGAGAUGCGCAACCUGGGCUUCGGCGGCAAGACCUGUCUGGACUCGCCGGCGCGCAAGGGCGACCUGCACAAACCGGCCGGCCUCUACCCCUGCCACCGGCAGGGCGGCAACCAGGUAAACAUUUGCUUUUUUACGCUUAUUCACGCGCGCCGUUUCCGUCAGAUCGCCAACCGCGCGCACGCGCUGUGCCUGGACAGCGCCAACCAGCCGGAAAACGUCAACAAGCCGGCGGGCUUGUGGCCCUGUCACAGGCAGGGCGGCAACCAGUUCUGGUUGUACAGCAAGUCGGGCGAAAUUCGCAGAGACGAGGCAUGCCUGGACUACAGCGGCCAAGAGGUGAUCCUCUACCCUUGCCACGGCAGCAAGGGCAACCAGUACUGGGACUACGACUCGGACAAGAAGCUGAUCAGGCACGGCAGCAGCGACAAGUGCCUGGGCAUCGACUCGGCCAAGAAGAAGCUGACCAUGGAGAGGUGCAACGCAGAGCUGGACCACCAGCAAUGGGAGAUGGAGAACUACGACAGGUCGAAGUUGUUGUAGUUUUACGCGAGUGAAAUACUUAGAAUAAACCUUUGACUGAAACAUUUUUAAAUAAUAGACGUUCGUUUAGAUAGCGGUGUUUAAAACGAUGUUCGAACAGUGUUCAAAGUCUUAGAUAAGUCGAUAUGUAGUGCCAACUUAUUGUUAGGUAUUUUUUUGUGUGGAAUGAGCUCUCGAGAAACAUAUGCCUACAAAUUAAAUAUAAUUUUUGUAUAAAGUCCUAAAGAAUAUUUAAGGGGGAUUAUUCAUUAGUGAAAGUAAGUUUUUAUUAAUAUAUGGUAUUCCUCAAUGACAUGCUAAUAUUCAAGGAGGAUAUUCUUGGUCCUAUUCUAAGAAAAAAAAAUCAUAUGAAUGUAUGUCCUAAAUAGGGUUUUGUGGUUUCUCGCUGGUUUCUGUUUUUUCGGCUGGUCUAUACAGGGUGAGUCUUAAAUAAGUACAAGUAUUUUCUUGACUGAUAGAUCUCGAUAAGAGAAUCAUAUUUUCUCUUUGCUGUUUUUCAACUAAGUCCGAAAUAACCUAGUUAUUUUACCUUGAAAAUUGAGAAAAGAAAUGUGUUUUGCUGAAAUUUUGGGGACCACGGGAUCUUUUUUAUUUAUUCUUCUUGUAAAUUUAUUCUACUACUUAUGUUACCAUAUUAUCAAGAUAUAUACCGGGUGCGUCAAAAGUG